AUGGCCAAACCACCAGAGCCAACUGCCUUGCAGGAAGGAGAUGCCAAUAGCUCUGGAUCUGAAGGAUCACUCACCCCGACUCCCGCCACAGCUUAUACUCCGAACCCCAAGCGACUACCAUUAUUUGACUGGAUCAAGGCACUUGGAGGCGGCCUUCCAGAUCAAAUUGAACUGAGUACUGACCCCAUAAAAGGUCAAUGUCUGCGAGUCCGGGAUGCGCUGCCCGAAAGCCUCGCCAGCGGCACUUGCUGUGCCAUCUGCCCAAUACAGGCAACCAUGUCUAUUAUGAACCUAGACAAUGCGAUUAGAGGUGUUCCUUCGCAUGGCUUCGAUUAUUCGCCUGACUUCUUUGCUGCCGUAGAAGAGCCCGGUGCAUUGGCUUUCUUCCUGAUGGAUCAAUAUCUUUUGGGAGAUGAGUCGUUUUGGGCGCCGUACAUUCAAAGCCUUCCUGAUGAUAGUCAGUUUACAAGGCUUGAAUACUAUACAGGCGAUGAUUUGAAGUGGCUCGAAGGAACCAAUUUACUCAAAUUGCGGGAGAAACUUCUUGAGAGACUGAAGGCCAAGUACGAAACUGGCUUGCGUCUGCUUAAGGAGUUUCCGAAUAAGAAUACUCCAAAAUACACUUGGGAACGUUUUCUUUGGGCGUCGUCCAUUAUACUGUCUCGGGCUUUCUCGUCGGAAGUCCUCAAGGAUUAUAUCAAAGGCACUCCAACGCGUGUAAAGCCUUUAGAGGAUUUCUCAGUCUUGGUGCCGUUAGUCGACAUAAGUAAUCAUCAGCCUCUGGCACAGGUAGAAUGGGCGACUUCACUGGAGAAAAUUGGCUUGAUAGUGCACAAAACCCUCCUGCCAGGUGAAGAGGUUCCGAAUAAUUAUGGGCCUCGGAGCAAUGAACGCUUGAUGAUGAACUAUGGAUUUUGUAUUCGUGGAAAUGUUUGUGACUAUCGGGAAAUGAAUCUCAGAGCACCGCCAGACAGUCCACUGGCUAUAGCCAAGCAAGAACAACAAACGCGCUUUGGUGCCUCAAAAUCCAAGUUGAUAAAUGAUAGAUAUUACAUCUAUAAUAUCUUCUACCCGUUACCUGCCCAUGUCCAAUUUUUGGAGGCAGCAAUCUUUUCUCCACAGCUACUCGAUGCAGCUGCAGUUCUGUCGGCCAACGAUCGGGAGUUAACUGGGCUACAGAUUAAAGAGGACAAGAUAUAUAUUCCAUUCGAUAAGUACGGCAAUUCCCGUAGCAUCCUCGCUGGACUCGGCCAAAUCGUUCUCAGAUUGCUAAACGACAUUCGGGUUCUCAAAUCCAAUCCGUGCUACCAGAAGGAACCCAGUAAUGCCAAACAGCGGAAUGCAAGCUUUUACAGGGAAUCGCAAAUAUAUAUAAGCGAAUGCGCAAUUGCGGUUGCAGAAUGGACACUUCAACGGGCAAGAAAUCCCCGAGCGUGUCUCGAUGAAAUCGUGAACCACUUACCCGAGGAGUACUCCAAAAAUGUCCACGAUAGAAUUCGAGAAUUAAUCACAACACGGCUAUCGUUUGUAAAUCACGAUGGAGUGCUCUUUUAUGGAGACGGUGUUGCACAGAUCUUGCCACAAGCUGCGGACGAGGCCUUUGCUAUCUGCGUUAGAAACAUCGUCAAAGCAACUUGCCACCAACAGAGCGAAAGUCUAGACUUGAUGAAGAUCAAGUUGGUUUAUACGCUAUUCCUGUGUUUUUGCACCGCCGCUUAUCGCAAUCUCGAUAAUGAUGAUCCCAGCAUCCUCACGCCACGUCUCAAGCGUUGGGUCCCGCUUCUACUGGGGCAUUACACGGAGCCACCAGUGGAUGUAAGCUGGAUGCUUGAAGAAGAGGAGGUCGAGGGAUUGUUGGACCGAGUAGAGGAACUAUUCACAACCACACGGCGUAUGAAAGAUGGGAUAUUCGCUCCAUUGCAGCAACUGAUACGAAAGUGGAAAUCCGAUGACCAGGCCAACUGGCUAUCUGGAAACCGCCUGAGAUGGGCGUGGCUCAUUUCCGAUGAGGAGAGUGUAAGACUAGCAAAAAAUCCGCUACCAUUUAUGGAACCGGGGUCAACGGCAAAGGAGGUGGCUGUUGAUACUUAUCUUUAUAUUCCCAGAUAUUCUGGCGAGUAG